CCCCUUCUCCUGCAGAGCGCCUCUUCCGGGUCCUCUUUGGCCCUUGUUAGGUUCCGUUUCGCACCUGCGCACUAGUGACAGCCAGGCCACCUGGGUGGAGCUAAACUGCGGCCGGAACCGCCCACGACUCCGCCCACGCGGGGACCAGUCUGCCCGCGUAAACACGCACUUCCCGCCACACCUCCUCGCCAGUCUCCGCUGAACCUCAUCGAGCCCAGCAAAGAGAGCGAGGCUUGAUGGACGGCCGAGUGCAGCUGAUCAAGGCCCUCCUGGCCCUGCCCAUUCGGCCCCAGACACGUCGGUGGAGGAACCCGAUCCCCUUCCCCGAGACGUUUGAUGGCGACACCGACCGGCUGCCGGAGUUUAUCGUGCAGACGGGCGCCUACAUGCUAGUGGACGAGAACCUGUUCACCAAUGAUGCCCUGAAGGUGACAUUCCUCAUCACCCGCAUGACUGGGCCAGCCCUGCAGUGGGUGAUCCCCUACAUCAGGAAGCAGAGCCCCCUCCUCAACGAUUACCGGGGCUUCCUGGCCGAGAUGAAGCGGGUGUUUGGCUGGGUGGAAGACGAGGACUUCUAGGCCUGGAGCGCCUCGGGUCUGGGGGCGGGUGCUCGGGAGAGGGUCCGCCGCGCCAGUCGCCGCCUCCCAGAUCGCCACAGGCGUCCUCCCGCCGUGUCCCCUCUCACCUUCGGGUGGCCGCGAUCUCCCCCGUGCUCGUGUCCCUUCCCGCGUAGUGCUUGCCUUUGUUCCAGGAAUAGCUCUCCAGGUUCCAGUUGCUGCCGCCGCCCUCUCGGGUCAGCCAGGCCUCUUCCCUGCACACUUGGACACGGUCCUGCGCUCCAACUGCAAGCCGGGCUCCUGUUACCCACUGGGCUGACCACCUACACCCGGCAGCUGCCAACUGCCCGCCCCCCGCCAGACUCCCAGGCCCGCCUCGGGGUGGCCAGAGACCUGCGCUGUUGCGGCCAUCACCGUGCACCGCAUCCCACCUGCAGCCUGUAGUCUUUGGCGAUCUGGACUCACCCGGAAGGAGGUGUCUGAGCUGGCCACAGCCUCUGGGCAAACAAGGAUUCCAACAGCUCGCCACCAUCCUGGAGGGGCCGGCCAGCCUUUCACCUGUGAUGGGACCAAGGCCUUUCCUAUCCUAGAGACAUCUUCUGUUUAUGCUGGGUGUGACCGCCAGGUCCCAGGGCUGCCUGGCAGCCAAAUCAAGUCACUCAUUAUCUCCUGUGGUCCUGUUGGUUUCACCCAGAAUCCAGUUCUCUUCUGAAUGUGCAGCUGUCUCUCUGGUGUGUGCCUUUUGUUGAGCACAGUAACCCCUGCACUCUUCCUAGCUCUUCUACACUACCGGGACAAACUUUUUUUCCCUUAUUUUCAAUAAAUGUCAGACGAUGUUCAGAAAGAAA